CCUCGCAGCUCCCGCUGCCCGUGGUCUCGGCCGCGCCCCGAGCUCCUGUGGAGACGCGAGGAGCGCGUCGCUGCGUCUCCCUCCCGCAGGUAUUGGAAAUUAAUAGCUCUUCUACCUUUCACAUUUUUUAAACACAGUAGUGUCAUUGGACUAAAAUAAAAUGUUCCUGAUGCCAACCUCUUCAGAGUUAAACAGUGGGCAGAACUUCUUAACCCGGUGGAUGACCAGUUCUUCUCGGGCUGGGGUCAUAUUAAAUCGUGGAUUUCCUGUUUUGGAAGCAGACGAAGAGAAGCAGGCAAAUGUGAACAUUUCUUCCAGCUUUCCUGUGAAAGCCACACAUUUUCCAAACAGCUUCAGCUGUAUAAGUGAAGGAGAUUCACUUCAUGAAGAACAGAUGUCGGAGUCUGACAGCCCUUAUAAGUUACAAUCAGAUAAAACUGAAACACAUAGAGUCUUUCCUUUAACUGAAGAGGAACCACAAAUGGUGACAUGUCAGGACGCCCCUGGACACUGGGAAGAUAACAGAAAUGGCUUUAUCUCAGGUCUUACCAGUGAAUUCAAAGAAGUUGCUUAUAAAGACCCUCUUUUUAAAAAGCUCGAGCAGCUGAAAGAAGUACAACAGAAGAAGCAGGAACAGCUGAAGAGGCAACAGUUAGAGCAACUACAGAGACUCAUGGAGGAACAAGAGAAGCUGCUUAUGAUGGUGUCUGGGCAGAAUACACUCCCAGGUUUGACUCCACUGCCUGAUGACCAGAGCCAGAAGUACAGAUCUCCAGGAAAUUCAACCGCUGUGGAGAAAACCAGGCCCUUCCUACCUUCAUGUAUCUACCAGAAUCAAACCCAAGAAAGAAAACACCCUUCCAACAUUUUACCUGAUAAACAAAACUUCUGUAAAACUACUCAUCAGGAUUUUGUCUUAACUUCAGAAAGUGGUGCUUCUCCCAAUUUGUUUUAUGAGGCACAAUAUCAAGAAGCACUUGUGAAAAAAAAGGAUUUGAAGGAAGAAAAGCAUGACCAUCCUGUAGGAGAAAGUAUUUUACCAUAUUUGGAGAAAAUGACGGAACAGGUUCAGGAAGGUGGUGAUAUGAACUUGAAAAAAAUUGAUGAUUCCCCAGAAGUGAUUAAUAUUGAAGAAAGGCCUAUUAAAGCUGCCAUUAGAGAAAGGAAACAGACUUUUGAAGACUACUUAGAAGAACAAAUUCGGCUGGAAGAACAAGAACUGAAACAAAAACAGCUAAGGGAAGCAGAAGGAUCCUUGCUCAUCAAAGCAAAACCGAAACAGCCAUUCUUAAAACGAGGAGAAGGUUUAGCUAGGUUUACUAAUGCUAAAUCUAAGAUUCGGAAAGGGAGAGAAGGUGAACUAGUGACCACUCAGAUUGCUUCAGAGGACCCACCUGUAUGUAAAUUAGAUAGACAGCAAAUCCAGCGGAAAACUGCUCCUAUAAACAAAGAACUGUGUGCAGAGAACCUUCCUGGUAAAAAGAGUAGAGCUGGAACCAAGAGUGGUUCUGUCACACUCCAUCAGAAGCCAAAAGUGCUUAAGAGUAACAACAGGAAAAGUCUCUCUCCAUCAGGACUGAACAUCCCAGUAGGGAAGAAGUGUGAUGGGCACCCUAGGGACCAGAUCAGUUUAGAAAAGAAAGUAGAAUCUAAUAAUAAAGAAAAUGUACCUGAACGUACAAAGCCUUGUGACAUGAGCUGCAAAAUCCGGAAUAAGACACAAGAUAAAGACAGACUUCCUCUUUCAACAGGGCUGCUCAGCUCCUUGGCUUCUAAGAGCCCGAUGGGUGAGACCUUGAAAGAGUCAGAAUCAUCUCUUGACAUUUCUCUUCAGAAAAAGUUAGAGACUUGGGAACGGGAAAAGGAAAAGGAAAAUUUGGAAUUAGAUGAAUUUUUGUUUUUAGAACAAGCUGCUGAUGAAAUAUCAUUUUCCAGUAAUUCCUCAUUUGUACUGAAGAUCUUAGAGAGGGACCAGCAGAUCUGCAGAGGUCACCGGCUGUCUUCGACGCCUGUCAAAGCUGUGCAGCAAGAGAAGACAGCCCCACCAGAUCCCACUGGUCAGGGUCACCAAAGUGAGGAUCCAGACCGAGCUGAGUGUGAAGGUAAGGGUGGAUGUGAGGUGGCACCCGGGCAGCUCGGUUUCGUGUCCUCACCUGAUGGAACGCGGGAGCGAUCCCGCAUUGUCGGUAGGCGAGUGUUCCAGAUGAGCACCUGUGACAGUCAGACUGGGUGGAAUGCAGGCGAUGAUGAGGGUGUUGCGAACAGUGAUGGGAGCACUGACUCUGAGGAACAACUUGAUGUCACCGUAAAACCAUUACCGGAGGGUCAAGAAGGGAGUUUCAUCAGCAGAGAAGAUAGUCCCCAAGUCUGUGAUGAUAAGGGACCUUUUCGGGACACCAGGACUCAAGAAGAUAAAAGGAGAGAUGUUGAUUUAGAUCUGUCUGAUAAAGAGUACAGUAGUGAUGAGUCUGUCAUAAUAGAAAGCUUGAGAAAUAAAAUUUCUGAUUCCUCAAGAAGACACUCAUCUGUGAGUAAAAUUGACUUUGAUGAUGAAAGAACUUGGACCGACCUUGAAGAGAAUUCAUUUAAACAUGAUGUUAUUCUUGGGAAUGAAGCCAUUUAUGGGACUCCCCAGACAGCCUGCCCCAAUAAGAGUGAAACGUGUGUCCUGGACAAAACGAUGAAAAGGAAGGUUGCACUGGUCAAGAAGGGAGAAGACGUGAGCAGGUCCAGUAGGGGCACAAGCCCUCCUCCUGCUUCAGAGCUAAUGGUGAAGUUCUUCCCUUCUUUGAAACCAAAAUCGAAAUCGGAUCCACGCCUGGGAAAUGAACCCAGGUUAAACAUAAGUCAAGACCAACCACAUGGUGACAGUGCUCGAUCUCAAGUUUUGAGAGAGAAAGUUAUUGAAUUGGAAACAGAAAUAGAAAAAUUUAAAGCUGAGAACACAUCUUUAGCUAAACUUCGCAUUGAACGAGAAAAUGCCUUGGAAAAACUCAGGAAAGAAAUUGCUGACUUUGAACAACAGAGAGCAAAAGAAUUGGCUCGAAUAGAGGAAUUUAAAAAGGAGGAAAUGAGGAAGUUACAAAAGGAGCGCAAAGUUUUUGAAAAGUAUUCUACAGUCGCAAGAACUUUCCCAGAUAAAAAGGAACGGGAGGAGAUACAGGCUUUGAAGCAGCAGAUAGCGGAUUUACAGGAAGACUUGAAAAGAAAGGAAGCAAAAUGGUCCAGUGCGCAUGGCCGUCUUAGAAGCCAGAUAGACAUGCUGCUCAGAGAGAACACAGACCUCCGGGAGGAAAUCAAAGUGAUGGAGAGAUUCCGCCUGGACGCCUGGAAGAGAGCAGAGGCUGCUGAGAGCAGCACCGGGAUGGGCCAGGGUGGGGCUGCCGCACAGAGGGAGGGGGCCACGAAUCCAUCAGCUCGAUUUCAGAAGAGUCCGAUUUCUUCAGGAACCCAGGUAGAAAGGCACAAAAAAAAUUAUUUGCCAACACAAGGCAGUCCAUCUCGAAGGUCAAAGUCUGUGCCUCCGCAUGAUUUAGGCAGUUCGGAUCAAGGACAAACGGCCUCCCCCAGGGAACCCGCUGAGCCAGUGAGCUUUCCAGAUCCUGACUGUAAAGAGGAGGAUGAGAAAGAGGAGAAAGAAGAAAUUCAGGGAGCAAUCAGCCAUCCUGAUGGAAAGAUAGAAAAGGUUUAUAAGAAUGGGUGCCAUGUUAUAUUGUUUCCAAAUGGAACUCGAAAAGAAGUGAGUGCGGACGGCAAGACUGUCACCGUCACUUUCUUCAAUGGUGAUGUCAAGCAGGUCACGCCAGAUGAGAGAGUGGUCUACUUCUAUGCAGCUGCCCGGACCAUGCACACCACUUACCCAGAAGGCCUGGAAGUCUUACAUUUCUCCAGUGGGCAGAUAGAAAAACAUUUCCCAGAUGGAAGAAAAGAAAUUACGUUUCCUGACCAGACUGUGAAAACCUUGUUUGCUGAUGGACAAGAAGAAAGCAUUUUCCCAGAUGGUACAGUUGUCAGAGUGCAACGAGAUGGCAGCAAGAUCAUAGAGUUUAAUAAUGGCCAAAGAGAGCUACACACGGCUCAGUUCAAGAGACGGGAAUAUCCAGACGGCACUGUUAAGACUGUGUAUACAAAUGGUCACCAGGAAACAAAAUACACGUCUGGUCGAGUCAGAGUUAAAGACAAGGAUGGAUGCAGCUCAAACAUCACUUCCUGUACUACUGACUCAGGAAGUGCCCGAGUGCCUACAAUGCAGUCCAACACCACAUCCUGGCCUCUCCAGAUGGAAAUCAUCAUUCCUGUUUCCUGCACCACAGCCCCAAAGACACCUGUAGCUUCUGUACGGCACUCACUUCAUUCUUCCUUAUCUUAGUGGUUUACAAACUUCCCUCACGGACUUGCACAUUCUUUGAUUACAGGAUACUCAUUUGAUCAUUUAUCCUGGUCACUGCCAUCACUGAUACCUUAAAUCAUUGCAGGGCUAAUAAAAAGUUUGUUAAAUAUAAACCAAGACAUCAUUUGAACAAGACUUAAAAAAUAAAUCCUACAGUAUUUACAACAUUAUAAGCUUUAAA